AUGACGAUGGUGGUGCUGGUGGUUUCUUUUAACAAUUUUAAAGUGCUUACUAUCCACCAGAUAGCGUGGCAUGAAUAUCCCUAUGGAAUUAAAAUGAGCCAUCUUCGAGACACGGUGCUUCUGACCCAGGGAUCAAAGGACUCCACCUCCCCUUCCAACCCCCAAGAGCCCUUCCUCAUGGAACAGCUGCCCCGAGAGAUGCAGUGCCAGUUCAUCCUGAAGCCCAGCCGCCUGGCAGCCACCCAGCAACUAAGUGAUUCCAGUCAGAAGACAUUUAAAAGGAGGAGAUCUAUCAUAAACUGGGCCUUUUGGCGGGGUUCGAGCACUCACCUGGACAACUUGCCCAUGUCACCAACAUCUCCUUUGCCAGGCCAGCUCUUUGGUGCUUCCCUGCCAAAUAUUUGUGAGAAUGACAAUCUGCCCAAACCUGUCUUGGAUAUGCUUUUCUUUCUUAACCAAAAAGGGCCCCUCACAAAAGGCAUCUUCAGACAGUCGGCCAAUGUGAAAUCCUGCAGAGAGCUGAAAGAGAAACUGAACUCUGGAGUAGAAGUACACCUAGACUGCGAAUCUGUUUUUGUGAUAGCAUCUGUCCUAAAGUGCCUGGCACAUAUCAGUAAAUAUGUACAGAAUGAUUGCAUAAGUGAUCACCAGAUGGUGAACUUCACAGACAUCCUGGUACACUUCCUGGAACUAGCUAUUACUAGAAGAGAUGUCGGGCUUUUUAAGCUAUUAGACCAGCUUCCGAGAGCCAAUGUUGUUCUCCUAAGAUAUCUUUUUGGAGUAUUAUACAACAUUGAGCAACAUUCUUCAUCCAAUCAGAUGACUGCGUUUAAUUUAGCCGUGUGUAUCGCUCCGAGCAUUCUUUGGCCUCCUACUUCUUCCAGCCCAGAACUAGAAAAUGAAUUUACAAAAAAGGUUUCUCUGCUUAUACAAUUUCUGAUUGAAAAUUGCUGUAGGAUAUUUGGAGAAGAAAUCACUUCCCUCUUGGGAGAGAUUUCAGUGAGAUGUGAUAAUAGAGAGAAUGCCUCAGAUAUUUCCUGCUUCCAGCUGAAUGACUCCUCCUAUGACAGCUUGGAAAAUGAACUCCAUGAAGAUGUUGACGCUCCAUGUAGUGACUUGGUAAAGAAGCUCAGUCAGGGCAGUAGGAGCAUGGACUCUGUCUUAACCCUCAGUGACUAUGACCUAGAUCAGCCUGAGGCGGAAGGCCUUUUAGCCCUGAGCGACUUUGACUUAGACCAUUCUAAAGAUGAUGACGUUCAAGUGAAACCGCCCCCUGAAUCCAAGCUGAUGAGCGUUUCAGCAGUAUACGCAAAGGUCCCGCCGAGCGACCGUGCCAGGGCCCCCUCCAGCGUGUGCACUCCCACCUGCCUGUCUACAGCGGCAGCAGAUGCUCCCAAGAGCCCGAGGCGACACCGGCGCUGCUCAGAGCCCAGCAUCGACUAUCUGGACUCAAAGCUUCCCUAUCUCAGGGAGUUUUAUCAGAAAAAGUUACGUAAGUCCAGUUGUGAUGCAAUUCUCUCUCAAAAAGAUGAGGACUACAUGAAACAGACUCAGCCCCUCCAAGAAGAGAGUAAGGCAUGUUUUAAGCGGAAUUUAGUCACAGGCACUGAUAUCAGCAAGAAAAAUGCCACUAAUCAAAAUGUUAAAAAGAAAAGCUUGUCCAGUAAUGAAGGACAUCGUGUGAAACUCUUCCCUAAAUCCAAGCCAGUGGCCAUUUCUGUGGCACCUUACAGUGGCAUGUCCCUACAGGAUCAUUGCAGGACCCAGCCCAUAAAUGCAGAUACACCGGGAUACUCCCCACCACACACAGCAGAUGCCCUCAAGAGUUCAAGGAUGCACCGGCGCUGCUCAGAGCCCAACAUAGAUGACCAGCAUUGCAAGCUGACGUAUUUCAGGGGGAUUUAUUCAAAGAAACAACAUAAAACCAGCUGUGAAACUGGUCCUUUGCAUGGAGAGGAAGAUUAUCUCAAGCGGCACAAGUCUUUACAAAUGGAAGGGCAAAAACUUAUUAAUCAGAGCUUGGUCAUGGGAAUCGAGAUAGGCAAGAGUAGUGCCACACACCAGAACACUGAGAAGGUUUUAUCCCCAAGAUUAAACAUUUGCCCCAGCACUAGUUACUCCAGCUUAUCCUCCCCAGGCACUUCCCCUUCUGGCUCAUCAGUGAGCUCCCAGGACAGUGCUUUUUCUCAGAUUUCUGAACACUCCAUGUUUACCCCCACUGAAACCUCCUCUCCCAUUGAUUGCACUUUUCAGGCUCCGAGGAAACAGGAAGAGCUUUCUUCUGACUUUAGCAGUUCCAGCCUUGUUUCUCUAAUGCCCAGUUCCUCAUCAGGGCAGGCCAGCAACUACCUGGCUUAUCCAAAAAAGGACACUGUAGAGUGGCAUUCACAAUUACAUUCUGUAACUCUUCACCCCAGCACAUGGUUAAGAAACGGUGUGGCCAGUUUGAAAAACUGGUCCCUCAAAAAGAAGGCAAGGGCAUCUCGACCAGAGGAAAAGAAAAUAUGUUCUCUGAAAGGACCCAUAGAGCCACCUCCAUAUGAUUCCGGUUUUCGAGAAGCCAACUUACUGCAAGAGAGACAGAAAGACAUAUCCCUGAGGGCAACUGAAGGACUUGGAGCUGGACAGACAAGCCAGUGGUAUAGUUCUUACCCCUGCCAGGACUCAGAAAAACAGUGUAGCUCUUCAUUCAGCCUCAUGGAAGACAGACUCAAGUUUUGUAAGAAGUCACACAAGGAAGUAGAGGAUGGUGGUAAGCACUCUCCUGGUCCUCUACCUUGUGAAAGGUCCUCACCCAGCUCUUUGACUGUGGAUGAUGUGUCCAGCCCAGAAUCGGGGACUGCAAUAGUUUGCGAUGAUGGGGACAGACAUUUAACCAAAGACAUUUAGCCACAAUAAGAAUCUGAUGUCUCCAGGAAUAGGAGCUGGGCUAAUUUACAACAUAAAGACAAUUAUUAUUAUGACCCCUUUAUAUAAGAUACCUGGGAUAGGUAGCAUAAGGAUAAUCAUUGCUAGGACUUACGACAACCAAAGGGUUCUCUUUACAUGAGACUACUUGGCAAAAAAUUUAUUCUCAAAAAUUUGAUCACCUUAGUGUUUGGGAGGCUUUCCCUUAUUUUGGAGCAUGGGGUUGGUCCCGUCAUGUAUUUUUAGACGUACUAACAGAUGACUAGAGGAAGCAAAGCAAUCUUCUGUUGAGGAAAUCCACCUUGUGUGAAUAUCCUGUGAGAUUUGUUGCCUGAGAAGACCAGGGUAACAUAAAUUAAAGGUAAGGGACAGGGGAGAGAGGGAAAGGGUGCAGAAAAGCCAUCCACAAUCCAUGGAGUAUUUUUAAUAAAAUAAGUAGGUGAGAAAAAUACCACUAAUCAAAGCAUUAAGAAGAAAAGCUUAUCCAGUAAUGAAGGAAAUCAUGUGAAACCUUUUCCUAAACCCAAGCCAGCGGCCAUUUCUGUGGCAUCUUAUAGUAGCCCUUAGAGGAUUGUUCCGGGAACCAGCCCAUUGAUACGGCUACGCGGGAGGAAAGUAGAGUGAUUCAAGAGCCAUGGGCACCACAAGAGCGUUUUUUGCUGGUUAUGCUGCCUGAUUUGUUUUUCCAUUAAAGUGCUGUAUUGCUUUUUAAAGCCUCCAAGAAACAGAGCUGUCAAGAGAAACAAAGAAAUGGUUGCUCAUAUCAGUGUCCUUUGCAGAGGCGCCCGUGCUGGAAACAUUCUCUAGAAAGACACCUGUUUAAAAGAUGCCGUCACCAACAUUUGAUCCAAGCAUGACUCCUUUUUGCUGAAGUGUUUCUCUGCAGUCCUGCCUCAUAGGUUACAGUCAGCUCAGAGAAAUUACAUAUAAAUCAUCCAUUUCUAAUUGCUGUAGUUUGGCAGUUGAGAGAGCCAUUUAGAGACCAGCAGGUUAUAUGCAGUCACAGACUAGAAUACCCAUCAAAGUGGCUGCCAAGCCGUCUUCUCAGUCAUUGGCUUUAGGUUUUCUUACCUUCAGAAGUUUUUCCGUAUUUUUGUCCCAAAUAAUUCAUGGCUUAUGGAUGGUUUCCACCCCAUUGGUUUAUUUGAUAACCAUGGACGCU